AUGAAGAACGUGUGGAUCGUGAAGCCGGGCGAGCUCUCCAACCGCGGCCAGGGCAUAACCGUAAUCGACGAAAUGUACGAGCUUAACACCAUCCUAAAGAAGAGGGAGAAGCACUUCAACGGCACGGAAAAGACGUAUAUCGUGCAAAAGUACAUCGAAAAGCCUCUGCUGUACAAGGGCCGGAAGUUCGACAUCAGACACUACAUGAUGAUCAGCAGGCUGCACGGCUGCAUGAGAGCGUACUGGUUCGGAGAAGGCUACAUCCGCACCAGCUCGUACGAGUUCAACAUCAACGACAUCGGCGAGGAAAUCAUCCACCUCACCAACGACGCCAUCCAGAAAUACUGUGACGGCUACGGCAAGUACGAGGAGGGCAAUAAGGUGUCCUACAACGACUUCCAAAGGUACAUGGACUCCCUCCAGCCAGAGACCAGCAGGGAGGGCAAGGAAGCGCCACAGUUCAGCUUCAGCGAGAUGAUCUACCCCCGCAUGAAGGCCAUCGCGCUGGAUGCAGUCAAGGCCACCUACCUGCAGCUGGAUCCCAACAGUCUGGAGCACAACUUCGAGAUAUUCGGACUGGACUUCAUGAUCGACUGCAACUACGACGUGUGGCUCAUCGAAGUCAAUACCAAUCCCUGCCUGGAACUCAGCAGCAAACUGCUGGCGAGGAUCAUCCCCACCAUGGUCGAACAGUCCCUCAGACUCACCCUCGACGCCAUCUUCCCCCCUCCCACCCACUAUCCCAACUCCCAGAAGUACCUGGCGCCCGACAACCCGCUGGAACGGCUGCAGUUCGAACUGAUCUUCGACGAGGACCGCGACGGCGAGGAAGUGGAGGCGCUGUUCGCCAACGCCAAGAAAGUGGACAUGGGCGAGGUCGACGAGGAGGACUAA